CCGCGUCGCAAACGAUUCAUUCUGUUAGGGCUCUCGUCCAGCUCGACCGGGUCUCGUGACGGUGAUCGUUCUUUCGUUUCUUAUUAAUCUCCCGGCUGGGAUCGGACGCGGAUCGUCUCGCAAAUGCAUUUUAACUGCUGGUACCCGGGUGUUACGCGUCUCAGUCACGUGUUUCCCGGUGGUUCCCCGUUUUUUGAAAGGUUUGGGUGCCGGUACCCCUGGUGAAGAUCUGGGCGUCGCGCGACUUAAACCGUCGACGUCGAACAGUGAUUCCUCUCGCGUUGAUCACGUGAAAACUGCAGUGUGAAAUAGUAGUUGUCGUGAUACCGUGGUGGAGUCGGUUGGAACGAAUCCUGUGGAAAGCGGUGAGGAAAGCUCUGGAGGCACUCAGAAAGCAAUCAAGAUUCAUCGCUGCCCGGAAAUGCCAGAAAGUCAAGGCGAGGCGAGGACGUGAGUGGUUGAUCCGAUGAAUGGGGCUCGGCUCUGGCACAGUUUUUCACCGAGGGAAGACAUGACAGGAAUAUCCAGGAUGUCGAAAGCGCGUACAAAGAUGAGGAGUAUGGGGCCGGGGGCGCGGGUUCCCCUGGUGAGAGCAGCGUCGGCGACGAAAUCGGUGGUGCAGCAGACGAUGAUUCCACGAGCGCUUCUCUGAGGAUGGAUACUGACGCGAGCAUCGGCGGCGGUCUCAUUCGGGGUGGGCACCGCGUGAGCUUUGACCCGGAGGCACCGCAGCCUUCGUCCCAUCCGAAGAAGGGCUAUGAGAAGGUCAAGAGGCACAGUAUCCAUGGGAUGAUAGAGGAGAAGAACGGGGUGAGACCGCAUCAGGAGAUGGCCAGUCUGACCGUCGAGGAGAAGAAAUACCUGCUAGCGGUGGAGCGUGGUGAUGUUGCCUCUGUCAGAAGGAUGCUGCAAGCAUCUCAAGCCGCCGAUCUGAGCCCAGAAGGAUCGAAACUUAACAUCAACUGUAUGGAUCCGCUGGGACGUUCGGCGUUGCUGAUGGCGAUCGAUAACGAAAAUCUCGAAAUGGUGGAGCUUCUGAUCGAGCACAAGGUUGACACGAAGGACGCGCUUCUCCACGCUAUCUCCGAAGAAUUCGUCGAGGCGGUCGAGCUGCUCCUCAUGCACGAGGAGCGCGAGGCGAGGUAUCGAAACGGCGAGCCUCACAUUCGGAGCUGGGAAGCCAUGCCGUCGGACACAGCCACGUUUACGCCGGACAUCACGCCGCUUAUCCUGGCCGCGCACAGGGACAACUACGAGAUCAUCAAGAUCCUCCUAGAUCGUGGCUCCACAUUGCCCAUGCCUCACGAUGUUCGUUGCGGGUGCAAUGACUGCGUGGAAUCUAGAGAACAAGAUUCUCUGAGACAUUCCAGGAGCCGGAUAAACGCGUACAGAGCACUCGCGUCGCCGUCCUUAAUCGCUCUGUCGUCAAAGGAUCCGAUUCUAACUGCAUUCGAACUGUCCUGGGAACUGAGACGCCUCUCCUUCCUCGAGCAUGAAUUCAAAUGCGAAUACCAGGAACUCAGGAGGCAAUGCCAGGACUUCGCCACGGCUUUACUGGAUCACACGAGGAGCUCGAACGAGUUGGAGGUUCUUUUAAAUUACGACCCCACUGGGCCGGCAUACGAACACGGGAAGCGAAUGCACCUGAACCGAUUGAAGCUGGCCAUUAAAUUUCGACAAAAGAAGUUCGUCGCGCAUCCUAACGUGCAACAGCUAUUGGCAUCGAUUUGGUACGAGGGCCUACCCGGGUUCCGAAGGAAAAACAUGUUCCUUCAAGUAUUGGAAAUCGUCAGGAUAGGCGUGCUAUUCCCAUUCUUCAGCGUCGGAUACAUAAUCGCGCCUCAUAGCGUCGUGGGACAAACAAUGAGGAAACCGUUCAUCAAAUUCAUCUGUCACUCGGCCUCGUACUUCACUUUCCUCUUUAUGUUGAUUCUGGCUAGUCAAAGGAUAGAAAGCGUGAUUGGGAAUUGGACGGGACACGACGUGCCGCACGACGACGUGGAACACGAGCCCACGAAAAGGGGUGCUGCACCGACUAUCGUCGAAUGGUUCAUCUUGGCAUGGGUGUCCGGUCUGAUUUGGUCGGAGGUGAAGCAACUAUGGGACGUGGGCCUCGAGGAAUACGUUAACGACAUGUGGAACGUAAUCGACUUCGUCACAAACUCGCUGUACGUGGCGACGGCCGCGUUAAGGGUAGUCGCUUACUACAGGGUGCAAAAGGAGAGAGAGAUACCUGGCUCAGUGAAUGAACUCCAACGCGAACAAUGGGACACGUGGGACCCAAUGCUCAUAUCCGAGGGUCUCUUCUCUGCCGCUAACAUAUUCAGCUCCCUGAAACUAGUCUACAUUUUCUCCGUGAAUCCUCACCUCGGACCACUACAAGUCUCGCUGUCCAGAAUGGUGAUGGACAUUAUGAAGUUCUUCUUUCUCUACGUACUAGUACUCUUCGCGUUUUCCUGCGGCUUAAACCAACUUCUCUGGUACUACGCGGAUAUGGAAAAGAAGCGAUGUCCGACGGCGAUGUCUUAUCAUCCCAACGCCAGUGUGACCACAGAUUCCAACGCCUGCAUCGUUUGGCGCCGGUUCGCAAAUUUGUUUGAAACGGCGCAAACGCUGUUUUGGGCCGUGUUCGGACUGGUCGAUCUCGAGAGCUUUGAACUAGACGGGAUCAAAGCAUUCACCAGAUUCUGGGGCAUGCUGAUGUUUGGGACCUAUUCGGUGAUCAAUAUCGUCGUACUACUGAAUUUGCUAAUAGCCAUGAUGAACCAUUCCUAUCAGUUGAUAUCUGAACGCGCCGACGUCGAAUGGAAGUUCGCCAGGAGCAAACUGUGGAUCAGUUAUUUCGAGGAAGGCGGCACGGUACCGCCGCCGUUUAACAUAAUCCCGACCCCCAAGAGCGUUUGGUACAUAGGUCUAUGGCUCUAUCGAAAACUAUGGGGCCACAGCCGAUCCGAGAGGAGGAAAGAGCACAUGAGAACAAUCAGAAAGAAAGUGAACUUCAAGUAUCAGAGUAUAAUGCGUAAUUUGGUGAGGCGGUACGUAACAGUGGAACAACGGAAAGCUGAAAGCGAGGGAGUCACGGAGGACGACGUGAACGAAAUUAAGCAGGAUAUCAGCUCCCUUCGAUGCGAGCUGCUCGAGCUGCUCAGAAGAAGUUCCGGUAUAAAAAUAACUAACGGAGGUGACGGCGGGCUGACAAUAGGCGCCGGCGGAAAGAAGAACCGUCAGAAGGAGCGGCGACUAAUGAAGGGGUUCAUUAACAUCGGCGCUGAGCCGAGCGGGAGUGGCAUUUUGCCUCCGGUCGACGAAUUUACGGCCUCGAUGCAGCAGGUGCAACAGGAGGACAGUUUCGACUUACCAGCUACUAUGUUGUGCGAUAAGAAGAGGUAUCACACGAGUACCAACAGUGUUCACGGGCUCGGCACCAGUCGACAAAGUCGCAGAAUCAGGGGAAGUUCGAAGAAGAACAAGUGGGAGAACAUCAUCGAGGCGGCCAAGGCCCGGGGCAAGGUCUCCAAAUUAAUCGGUAAAUCCCGUUCAGAGGAUUCCGUGUAUUUACCUGCUUCCGAGGACGGGGGAUCGAGAUCCGAGGGAACACCGGACUCGAAAUUAUCGCUGGAAACUCCUGGUCAGGAAACUCAAUCGCAUCAAGCUCAUCACCCGCACAAUUCACGCCUGAGCGCAUUGCUAGCUCUCAGGAAAACAUUCUCCGAAUCCAGAUCGUCGUCGACCAUGGCUAGUACCACGAAUCCGAUUCCCCCGAUCGCCACCGCUGUCGUCUCGAAAAUAUCAAGGAAGCAACACCUACAGAGAGCGAGCAGCGUACCGACCCGGGGACCGGAGAUAGACCAACCGAUCACAUCUAGAAGGCACGAGGCGACGCAGAGCCAACAGCCUAGCAUCGACACUCCCGAGGGUGCCAGUGGCAGCGAGCAUCCUGUUACGACGUUGACACCGGCGACGACCGAGGAGAGCGUGGCCGGCAGCAGUUCCUUGCCCGCGACCAUGAAGAGAAACGGUUCGGCGACGCAGCUGCAACGGCUCCCGGGUAUCGAACCGAUAUCCGGCCACGACGUUUCCGGUGGAUGGCUCUGAGAGGAUCCACCGGUCGCCUCGACGCGACGUAUCAGCUAGCAGAAUCCAACUUGAUCCUAACGUUCCGGUCUCCACAGAUCGAAACGUGGAGUCCUAUUUGAGACAAAUGUUUUAAUCGCGGUUACUCGAACGCGUAAGAGAAAAUGAGGACAGAGAUUUGAUUCGGGGUGAUCGUCCGUGUUUCGCCCGGACAAUCGAACGUUCGUUAUAGUUAAAAGACUUGAGAGGAUCGAUCGAAUUUCGGGAUCAUGCGUAUAAUCGUGUGAUCGUCGGCACACGCACAACGAUGCCUUCUCACGAGGACCCGUAUCUUCGUCGAAACAAAACAAGAAACUAUAAUAUAUAGAAACGAUAUGUAUAUGUAUAUUGUUAUUGUUAAUACUAACUAUGUGACGUGAAUCUCGAGAACAACGUUUCGUCGACCCACCUACGCGACGGACCCCGUUCCCCUUCGAAUAUCAACAGAGAAAAAUCAGGGAGGGAGAGAGAGCAACUAACUAACUUUGAUACGAGCGGACGUAUCUUUCGCCUAACGCGCGAACUUUCCCCGCUUUCCUAAGAGAUUAACUUUCACGGCGCCUUAUUGCGUACCGGGAAACAAGCCCGUCGGGAAGUUUCUGGGACGAGCACCGUGGUCGCAGACCGGAAACGAGCGGACGUUCCGUGGAAUAGAUGUUUCUUCCCGAGAGAAACGUGUACACAGGUACCGUCGUUGAAGCGGGUCAAGUUUCCUCGCGUCGAUUACGUCGAUCUAUCGUGUUCCUAACGACCAUACCCCGUGGCAUUGUUAAUCUCGCCGGAUCAGUGUCGCCCGUUAGUCGCUCGAUGAUUUUCUACCGCAAAGGAAACGAUCGAAUCCGGCGAGAAGACUCGCGCGGUUUCGAUUCGUUUCGUAUCGACCUGUUAACUAUACUUGUUAGUCACUACCUGCUACUACUGCCAGAAUGGAUGGGGCGAGUGGGUCGACGGCAACUAUUUCAUGCUAGUCAGUACUAGUCGAAGGAAGGGAACCUACGGCGAUUAACCGCGUUAAGUUUAAGGAAUAACUGAAGACGCGAGUCAGUAAAGGCUGUCGCAUCUUUUAAUAACACUUCGAAUCGUUCAUUUUGAAAAUCGUGAAAAGACAAAUUUUAUUAUCGGACACCGACGUAAUCAUUUCUUUGUGUUAGUUUCGUCCAUAUAGAUUCUCAGUGGUAAACCGCUGUCAUCGAAUCAACCAUAAGCGCUUCAGAAAGUUUCCCUUUAUCUCAUUAGUUCACCGCAUUAUCGGACAGCACUCUAGUCAAGAAUCUGAUUACACUUUUCCUUCCCUGUUGCUCCGUCGAAGAAACAAACAUCGUAAAGGGAAAGCAAGUGCGUUGUGAUGGCGCUCUCGAAAAUUAGGCCAAUGUAGCUCAGCGAGAAUUUGCUGACACCGCUCUUAUUCUUGGAGAAACUUCAACCGAGAUUCAAUCCCUUUCCCUUGUCCACGACAGGAAGGAAAGAAAAUUACGAUAGGGCCCAUUCAUGUUGAUCCUUUUUCCUUUUAUUAGUAGGUUCGCCGAAGCUGGAGGUAUGAAGCGUGUCACGACCAAAAAAAAAAAACGAACCGUGUAGCGUAGCCGAGUAGAGGCCUAAAGGAGAUUAACGAUCCGUUCUACUUCCUAAGUAUUACGUGUACGUAUGAUAAUAGAUUAUGAUCGAAACUGCGAUGCGAAGAUACUCGAACCUUGAUCCUUCGCGGGACCGUAAAAUAUAGUUAAUUGUACCUACGUGUAUUAUUUAUGAGAUUAUUAUUGUAAAUGUUAAAUUAGAUGUCCACUGGGCGAACGACGUAGUGAACGUUAACUCGUGAACAAAGAGAGAAACGAAUUAUAUAUAUGUAUAAUGUAAUGUAAUUGUUAAGCGCACGAAACUAUGGGGUGCGAAAGAGCAAAGUACUUACACGCGUAAACGGAACCAACCAAAGAUUUUCUUAACGACCCUCAAGCCGGUCGAAACAAUAGAUCGUAACAAAAUAUAUCUUAACGACGAAUUCAUAGAAGUUAGCGGAAUUUUUUAACGAUCGAAAUUAAAUAUCAUUUUCCGAAAGCGCAGCGCACAUCCAUCACCGGAGAUCAGAUAUUUUAUAGGGAUCAGUAAUUAUAAUAUUAUCGGAGGCAAGAAUGGAAUUAUAAAUGGUUAGGCAGUUUACAGCCGUUAUUUUUUCCUAUCAAGGAUUAUCAGGACAUUGUGAGCGUUUGAUAAUGCUAUAUAAACUUUUGUAUAAUUGUCAGGGUACGAUUCGAAUUUACUGGUAUAAGGUAUAAAAUUACGUAGAGGAGCCAGGAUUACUGUAACGAGGUUCUAUAUUCGUUUCCUUAAAUGCAGAAAAACUUUUCCUUGUGCAAUUAUUUUUAAUUGUAAAGUUUUUCUCUGGCGUUUUUUCAGAUGAACGGAAAAAUGUUAUAUGUUUUGUGAUCGUAGCGCAGCGUGUCCGAGUAACUCGACCGAAGAUAGGAAGAUCACGAAUGACCAUUAAUAAAAUACCAUUUAUUCUGAUA